CCCACAAACCGACUAUCAAGAUUCCACGAGGAUCCUCAUUUACUGUCUUAUAAAAGAACAUGAUACAACAGCGCUCACGCUGUUGAUCAGGCAAAAACAUGACCAAAAAGGUGAAAGGCCUGCACCCUUCUCGUUUGCUCCGUGUGCUUUCUUGGCUUUGGGUGUUCACCUGGCCAUGCCUCGCAGCCACCGAAGAUGUGGCAGGGGAGCAUCUGCACGUCUACACCAUUGGGACUCGGAUGAACCCUUUGCUAUUCUACCUGCAGCACAGUGGAGAAAUUUAUGACUGUGGGUGUUGUAUUCCAUAUAGGAGCUCAUAGGUAUUUUCUUAGUUGCAUCGGAGUUGGCAACGAAUGUUCCGCCACGGUCCUUGUGGCCCAAGGGGAGGGCCAUUUCGGUAUAUUUCUAAGCUUCUGCGGCAAGUGCUACACGACCCGGGGGGCGGCAGGGUGGCGGAAGUGGCGGCAGCGCUAUCCGCGGGCAAAGCGGGCGACACUGUCAGUGGAAUGGGUGGAGGUCUGCAGCCUGAUGGCGCGAGGGGCUGCAGCUCGCAGCCCCUGCACAGUGCGCAGGCGGUCACGCCUGUCCAAUAGAAGGACAAUGCGGGGGGCGCGCUGGGUGUCGGUGCCCAGGCUGACGCGCCACCCGUAUGAGCCCCCCAAACAAUCGACAGCAUUGCGCACAGGCGCGGGCCAGUGGAAGCGCCAGGCCUGUCAGGCGGCGAAUUCUCUCAACUUCUCAAACGUUCCCACGAAGGCGCCGAGAAGCGCGCACCAUUAUGCGCUUCGGGCUCGGGUCACCUUGGGCGCGGAGGCCUGCGCAUUGCGCCGCCGUGGACGCUCCCGACGAGCUGCCGCGUAGCUGUGCGUAGUUGUCGCGGGUCGGGGUGUGUUUCUACGCUAGCAGGGAGCGCCACAUGCGCAACCGCGGCUGCAAGAUUCGCGAGCAUCCCGACCCGGGAGGAGAUGGCGGCCCAGAACCUAGCCCUUGCGGCAGGCUCGGCGCUAGGAGGUGGCCACCGUAUAAAUAGACAGCCCUGACGCCGAAGAAGUGCUGCUCCCGCGGACUGAAAGAGCCUCGGGCUUGUACCGCGCUCGCAUCUCACGGCUGUGGCGUAUUUGGUGAAUCAGUACCCGCCCCGGCAGGUCAUUCGAUCAAAGUGCCGCCGCUUUUCUCAGCGUGGCUGCCUUUUCUCAUGUGGAGCUGAGGGGGCAGCGAUUUCGGAUAGCCCGCCGCGAUUCCAUGUCCCAAGCCUCGCAGCCAGUCGCAGGCAAACACCCGGCUCGCUGUCGUGUUAUUUUUUUUGCUUUUUUUCUAGGUGGUCUCUUCUGGUGGCUCUCUCCACUGUCCUCCCCGGUUCUCAUCCUUUUCCCCUGGCGGUGUUGUGGGACAGGGCGUCGACGCUACGUGAGCGGCAGGUCGUCCCCCCCCAGUUUUUCUCUUUGUUUAGUUAGGAGAGGUGCCAUUGAAGCGUCUUUUACCGCGCGUGUAUUCUUGCGUUGUUGCUCUCUCGUCUCUGCUCUAAGAUUCGCACAAUAUAGCAGUUUUACCGCGUGGAAUGGGCGACCCAAUACUCCAGAAAUGGAGUCGAAGAGCCCUGCAGCAAAAACUAGUCUACCACAUGGACGAAGCGGUGAAGAGUAAAGGUACCUGCUGCACUAAUUGAAUUUAUGUUGAAGUCAAUGGGGAGUACCUAGUACAGCAUGGUUUCAGAGUAUAGUGUAUGCUGGAACUAUGGUGGUGGUCAGUGUGAAAAAUUGUCCACCAUAUCUAUCAUGAUCCUCUACAUCAUGAUUCACCUCCUCAGAUCGUACGAUCCUCCUCUUCGUGGAUGCGUACGAUGUCUUACUGGAGGCUGGAAAAACAGCGAUACUAGAACGCUUUCGCAACCUACAAAAGAAAGCGCCCAGUUGUAAGAUCUUCUUCUCAGCAGAGGAGAACUGUGGGUCUGCCUGUGAAGCGAAGUAUCUUGGCGCUUACGCAAAUUCACCGACACUGAAUAGUAUUAUGGCUCUAGUAAAUGCUGGUGGUGUCGUGUUCGUGUAAUGAUGAUUUAGACUAAGACUAGGGAGAAGACAUCAACUGCUAAUUAGUCCUUCUAUACCCCGUGAUUGGGUACACUACUACUACUACUCUAUGAUAAUUUUUGAUUCCGACAAGCACAAGAGAUGAUUUCAAAGCGGAGAUGAAUAUCGUCAACAUGAUGUUCUUCAGUCUCCUCGCUCAACCAAACACCAACCUACAUCUAGAUCACACUCACUUCUAUUUACGAGUCUAAUCCUUCUUCCAAACGUGGCAAGUAUCUCUGUUCUGGAGGCUUUAUUGGUGAAGCAUCGGCUCUGGCGGAUUUGUUUAAACGCUAUCCGAUUCAAGAAUUUGCCUCAAAAUUCCCGGAACAGAGUGAGCAAUACUACUGGGUCCAAGUAUGGGGUGGAGAGUACGAGCAAAGCUUGAAAGGCAAAGGGGCUGCUUCUUUAAGGACAAUGGAUUCAGACUCUUUUCUUGAAGGCAAGCGUUGUCUCAUCAACUUGAGGAUCUCAGUUUAUGAAAACCGGCAUUGAUGAGUUAGCUUUGUUUAUUCCAAGCACAGUUGUCUUUGAAAGGGUUUAGUCUACACUUGAGCUGUGUCCUCAUGCAGGGAUUGCCAUUCGUUUCUCAAUGAAACGACUAUUACUGACUGUCGAACCCUUCUUCGAAUCCCCAUCUGCCUCGACGACGAAAGUGCAAUUUUCGCCUCCAAUCUCGGUUUUUCGAAACUCCAAGUUCGCAAUCAGCAAGUGCUAGCCGAACCCUUCGUGUCUAAGCCCCCAGAAGAGUACAAGGACGAUGGAUCAGGGCUAGGUCCAAACCCAGGAUUCGAGUUGGACUUUGCGAAAGCAGCGGGAUCUCGCGUCACUGCACUAGCAAGCGGAACAAAUCCUGUUGUUCUGCACUGGAAUGGCUUCUGGAAAACGAACAUCUACAGAACUUAUUUGGAAUUAACGCAUGCCGCAUCCUUGAGAGGACAGUUCUGGCAGAACGUUCACCUACCAGGGCCGGAAACGAAAUUAGAGAGUCUACAAUUGUUGGAUGGAAGUGUCGGAGGAGGUACCAGUAGUGUCGGAGGAGGCACAACUUCUUCUUCAAAAUCAAGUGGAGGACAAGGAGCGGGAAGGAGAAGGAGCUUGAUGUCUUCUGAACAAAGAAGUAGCUACGAGAAGAACGAUGCACUUGAUGAACAACGUGAAGAAAGUAGACCACUGCUGGAAAUGAGUACAUUCAACAUACGAAGGUCGUUGGAAGCGUAUCCGCAAAAAAGCGAGAGUGUAAAGAUGAUACCUGCAGCAGCUUCCGCUGCACCAGGAUAUCUUCCCGGAUCAUUCGCAGACGAUCUGAGUAGGAGAAUCUCGAUAAAAGACUUUGCAGUGACGACUUUUUUCGCAGAUCACGAGACGGAUGCUCCGACCUUCAUUUUUCUUGGUGGCACAGCCAGUUGGGCGAUCUCCUUCUCGGGACAAAUUUCUUACGUCUGCUUUCUGCUCCUGUUGAUCAUUCGUCUCGUCAUAGGAUUGCAGCUGAGGCAACUCAAUUCUACUAGUGAAGGAUCAUUAGGUCACAGCGUGGCUGAGGAUGAGAUGGAGACGAUGGUCGCCCCUGCGACUGGGCAAGCGAACGCGGUAAAACCGGAAUCCUUGGGAGACACCUCAUCUUCUAGAGGAGCGGAAAUUGAUGGAGAUGAAGAAACUGGGCAUGACAUGCGGCCGCAGAAAGGAGGUAGAAGACUCAAGAAUCACGAGUUGAUUAUACAGGGACAACAUCAACAACAGCAUCUACUUCGAAGAGUUGAUGCAACACGACUAAGAGACCACUUUUCAGACCGAUGGUUUCGAAGACUACGGCUGCUCACAACACUUGUGUAUCUUGGCUUCGUAGUGUUCCUAGCCCAUUUUGUCUUUGUGAUAAGUGGAUACGUCCUAGCCUCAAUGCGCCUGACGACAUUCGCUAGUGUUGCGCGCACGAUUGAGUUUCGAGUGGGGCCGACCUUGGCCCUUUGGAUAGAUCGGAUGCCUAUACUCUUUCCAGCGUUGUUGUCAGCAAUAGCAGCAGAGACGUUCGGGAGAUGGUUGUGGAAAACGUUCUAUGCUGUUUAGAGGCCAUUGAGAUUGCCGCGCAAUUCGAAUUCAUUUACAGAUUUUCAUAUAAGUGCAAGUUCAUAUGCCAGAUUCUUCUCCUCUGUUGGUUUUCUCACACAAGAGUUCUCACUGCUGCUUGAAUCCUUGUCCAUUCGCUGGGAACAUGCGAAAGUAGAUGAGAAUCUCACGCGUCGAAGUUCUUCUUCUUUCUGUCAUAAUGCGAAUCAAUGAGUUUUCUUCUCGUCUUUUCCGCG